GCGCGGAGCCCGGGCAGCCGCGAGCCCCGCGCGCGAGCGCGAGCAGGAGCCGGAACGAGGAGCGGAGCGCGGAGCGAGGGCGCGAGGGAGGCCGAGCGGAGGGCGCGAGGAGCCGCGGCGCGAGGGGCGCGCGGCCACGAGGAAGUGUAGUUUCUUACAGGGCUGAAUUGAAACAACUUCAGCUGUUUGCUUUUAGGAUGUCUCGCCGCAAGCAAGCGAAACCGAGAUCCCUCAAAGACCCCAGCUGUAAACUUGAAGACAAGACUGAAGAUGGAGAGGCACUAGGCUGUAAGAAAAGACCGGAGGAGGGAGAGGAGCUGGAAGACGAGGCCGUGCACAGCUGUGACAGCUGCCUCCAGGUGUUUGAGUCACUGAGCGACAUCACCGAACACAAGAUUAGUCAAUGUCAGUUGACAGAUGGAGUGGAUGUUGAAGAUGAUCCCACCUGCUCUUGGCCAGCUUCCUCACCUUCUAGCAAGGACCAGACUUCCCCUAGCCAUGGAGAAGGAUGCGAUUUUGGCGAGGAAGAAGGUGGCCCUGGACUCCCAUACCCAUGCCAAUUCUGUGACAAGUCCUUUAGCCGCCUCAGCUACCUAAAGCACCAUGAGCAGAGUCACAGCGACAAACUGCCUUUCAAAUGCACCUAUUGCAGUAGGCUGUUCAAACACAAGCGGAGCCGAGACCGCCAUAUCAAACUUCACACGGGGGACAAGAAGUACCACUGCAGUGAAUGUGAUGCCGCUUUCUCCAGAAGUGAUCACUUGAAGAUCCACUUAAAGACUCACACGUCCAACAAGCCAUAUAAAUGUGCCAUUUGCCGCCGUGGGUUUCUGUCCUCUAGUUCCUUGCACGGACACAUGCAGGUCCACGAGAGAAACAAGGACGGGUCCCAGUCUGGCUCCAGGAUGGAGGACUGGAAGAUGAAGGACACUCAGAAGUGCAGUCAGUGUGAGGAAGGCUUUGACUUCCCGGAAGACCUCCAGAAGCACAUUGCGGAGUGCCACCCCGAGUGCUCCCCAAAUGAGGACAGAGCGGCCCUCCAGUGUAUCUACUGCCACGAGCUUUUUGUGGAGGAGACAUCCCUCAUGAACCACAUGGAGCAGGUGCAUGGCGGGGAGAAGAAGAACUCUUGCAGCAUCUGCUCGGAGAGCUUCCACACCGUCGAGGAACUGUACAGCCACGUGGACAGCCACCAGCAAGCCGAGUCCUGCAACCACAGCAACAGCCCCUCUCUGGUCACAGUGGGCUACACGUCCGUGUCCAGCACGACUCCGGAUUCCAACCUCUCCGUGGACAGCUCGACCAUGGUGGAAGCUGCCCCCCCAAUCCCAAAGAGCCGGGGCCGGAAGCGGGCUGCUCAGCAAACCCCUGACUUGACCGUCCCCUCGAGUAAACAGGCCAAAGUGACCUACAGCUGUAUUUACUGCAACAAGCAGUUGUUCUCGAGUCUGGCGGUUCUGCAGAUUCACCUGAAAACGAUGCAUUUGGACAAGCCAGAACAGGCCCACAUUUGUCAGUAUUGCUUGGAGGUAUUGCCCUCACUCUAUAACCUGAAUGAACAUCUGAAGCAAGUGCAUGAAGCUCAGGAUCCAGGUCUGAUUGUUUCUGCCAUGCCUGCCAUAGUCUACCAGUGCAAUUUCUGCUCCGAAGUUGUCAACGACCUCAACACCCUUCAGGAACACAUCCGAUGUUCUCAUGGAUUUGCAAACCCUGCAGCUAAGGAUAGCAAUGCGUUCUUUUGUCCCCAUUGCUACAUGGGGUUUCUCACUGACUCUUCCCUGGAAGAGCAUAUAAGACAGGUCCAUUGUGACCUCAGUGGCUCCCGAUUUGGGUCUCCGGUGCUCGGGACUCCGAAGGAACCGGUAGUAGAAGUCUAUUCUUGUUCUUAUUGUACGAAUUCGCCAAUAUUCAACAGCGUUCUUAAGCUGAACAAGCAUAUCAAAGAGAAUCAUAAAAACAUUCCCUUGGCCCUGAAUUAUAUUCACAAUGGGAAGAAAUCCAGGGCCUUGAGCCCCUUAUCUCCCGUGGCCAUAGAGCAGACAUCUCUUAAGAUGAUGCAGGCGGUGAGUGGUGCACCUGCACGUCCAGCUGGAGAAUAUAUCUGUAAUCAGUGUGGUGCUAAGUACACUUCCCUGGACAGCUUUCAGACUCACCUAAAAACUCAUCUCGACACUGUGCUCCCCAAACUGACCUGCCCUCAGUGCAACAAGGAAUUCCCCAACCAAGAAUCCUUGCUGAAGCAUGUUACCAUUCAUUUCAUGAUCACCUCAACCUACUACAUCUGCGAGAGUUGUGAUAAGCAGUUCACGUCAGUGGACGACCUUCAGAAACACCUGCUGGACAUGCACACCUUUGUCUUCUUCCGGUGCACACUCUGCCAAGAGGUUUUUGACUCGAAGGUCUCCAUUCAACUCCACCUGGCUGUGAAACACAGUAAUGAGAAGAAAGUCUACAGGUGCACGUCUUGCAACUGGGACUUCCGCAACGAGACUGACUUGCAGCUCCACGUGAAGCACAACCACCUGGAAAAUCAAGGCAAAGUGCACAAGUGCAUUUUCUGUGGCGAGUCUUUUGGCACCGAGGUGGAGCUCCAGUGCCACAUCACCACUCACAGUAAGAAGUACAAUUGCAAAUUCUGCAGCAAAGCCUUCCACGCAAUCAUUCUGCUGGAGAAACACUUGCGGGAAAAGCACUGUGUGUUUGAAACCAAGACUCCCAACUGUGGCACGAACGGGGCUUCUGAGCAAGUGCAGAAGGAGGAGGUGGAGCUGCAGACCUUGCUGACCAACAGCCAGGAGUCCCACAACAGUCAUGACGGGAGUGAAGAAGAUGUGGACACCUCGGAGCCAAUGUACGGGUGCGACAUCUGUGGGGCAGCCUACACCAUGGAGACCCUGCUGCAGAACCACCAGCUCCGAGACCACAACAUCAGACCUGGGGAGAGCGCCAUUGUGAAGAAGAAAGCCGAGCUCAUUAAAGGGAAUUACAAGUGUAAUGUGUGCUCUCGAACCUUCUUCUCUGAAAAUGGCCUCCGUGAGCAUAUGCAGACCCACCUAGGCCCUGUCAAACACUACAUGUGCCCCAUUUGUGGAGAGCGGUUUCCCUCCCUUUUAACUCUUACUGAACACAAAGUCACUCAUAGUAAGAGCCUUGAUACUGGAAACUGCCGGAUUUGCAAGAUGCCUCUCCAGAGCGAAGAGGAGUUUUUAGAGCAUUGCCAAAUGCACCCUGACUUGCGGAAUUCCCUGACGGGAUUCCGCUGCGUGGUCUGCAUGCAGACUGUGACCUCCACCUUAGAACUCAAAAUCCAUGGGACAUUCCACAUGCAAAAGACAGGGAAUGGGUCCGCCGUCCAGACCACAGGGCGUGGUCAGCAUGUCCAAAAACUGUACAAGUGUGCGUCUUGCCUCAAAGAGUUCCGUUCCAAGCAAGAUCUGGUGAAACUUGACAUCAAUGGCCUGCCAUAUGGUCUGUGUGCUGGCUGUGUGAAUCUUAGCAAGAGCGGCAGCCCAGGUAUCAACAUCCCUCCCGGCACAAAUAGGCCGGGCUUGGGCCAGAAUGAGAAUCUCAGUGCCAUUGAGGGUAAAGGCAAGGCAGGGGGACUGAAGACUCGCUGUUCUAGCUGCAACGUUAAGUUUGAGUCUGAAAGUGAACUCCAGAACCACAUCCAAACGGUCCACCGAGAGCUCGUGCCAGAUAGCAACAGCACACAGUUGAAAACUCCACAAGUGUCGCCAAUGCCCAGAAUCAGUCCCUCCCAGUCGGAUGAGAAGAAGACCUAUCAGUGCAUCAAGUGUCAGAUGGUUUUCUACAAUGAAUGGGAUAUUCAGGUUCAUGUUGCAAAUCACAUGAUUGAUGAAGGACUGAACCAUGAAUGCAAACUCUGCAGCCAGACCUUCGACUCCCCUGCCAAACUCCAGUGCCAUCUGAUCGAGCACAGCUUCGAAGGGAUGGGAGGUACCUUCAAGUGCCCCGUCUGCUUCACAGUGUUUGUUCAAGCAAACAAGUUGCAGCAGCAUAUUUUCUCUGCCCAUGGACAAGAAGACAAGAUCUAUGACUGCACACAAUGUCCACAGAAGUUUUUCUUCCAAACAGAGCUGCAGAACCAUACGAUGACCCAACACAGCAGUUAGUGCAAGUACGGUCUCUCAAGGAGAAUGACUUUUGUGGCACAAAAAGGGAACAUGUUUUACUCUUUGCACGAAACUUUCAUUGUUAAUGUAUAAUAUUCAGAAACAUUGUAUUGUACCAUAAAACUUGUAUUAUCAAAACUGUUGGAUGUUCAUGUGUUUGAACUUUUGAGCACCGGAUAGACUCCUUGUAUAUAAAGUGUUGCACAUGUAUUAUGUCGUCUGAUACUAAAAUGGUCUUAUAAAGACAAGUGGACUUGGGCCCUAUUCAGGCAAGAUAAAAAAAAAAAAAAUGUGAGCAAAAUGGCUUAAGAGACAGUAUUUUCGAGGAAGACAGAUUAAAACAGCCGUUACAAAUGAGACUAUGUUUGGACUUCCUUUUAUUUACCCUUAAGCCUAGAAUUUCUCUUUUGGUAUAUCAACGGUUAAAUCCAAGAUUAUUUUUUAUUGCUGAAGAUUCUCGCAGACCACGAAGAGAUGUCCUCACAGAACAGAGCCCCACAGCUGGAUAAGGCCCGUAUAUAUAUUUGUAAGCCUUGCAAUGUGGCAGGUAGCGUCACUAUAUAUACAAUAGCCGUAAUGUAGACCGUCAAAGACUUUUUUUCCCGGAUACAUUUGAAGCUUUGAGUGUUCAAGGUUUUCCUUAAUGAUUUCACACAGCCAAAUUCUUGAAUCAGUUGAACUAACCUGUAUGUUACUGUUAUUAAUGUUUACUCUGCGGUCUGAACCUGGAGAUUACUGGAAUUGUUUUCCAAGAGGAAAUAAAUUCAGUUUACCAUUAGGUAUGAGCGUAUUUGUGUGUUUUCUUUUUCUAGUUCUUCUACCGUUAAAAAAAAAAAAAAAUCUAAUCGCCUGCACCCUUGGAAGUGAAGUCUGCUCUUGAGCUUAUCACAGGCAUAACCUCAAUCAUAUUUAACCUUUUCACACUGGGCCAAAUGCAGCCGGGAGUAUAUUCAUCAUACUGCAUAGGGAAAGAAUCAGACGCAAUAUGCGUCUCCUCUCCCAGAUACUACCAGGUCACAUUGUACUGGAGGAUUCUGACAUCACAGAUGGAUGUGAUGGCUGUUUUCUGCAUAAUUUGCAGCCCAAUUCAUGUCAUGCUGUGCAAAUCUGAACUCCAAGUAGAUGGCUGCAAUUUGAAAGGCAGUUUGGCUCAUGUGUACU